AUGAUGUUAGCUUUCUUGUGUGGUGUAUUUACCCAUUGGCACAAUGAAUCUCCAUUCAUCGGGGUUUUUCUCUUCGGUUGUGCUGUCCCCGACGGACCACCGUUAGGAUCUGCCCUGGUAGACAAGUUUGAAUGUUUCGUCAAUGGUGUCUUUCUACCCAUCUACGUAACCACAUCAACAAUGAGAGUUGAUCCAAUCGUGACGGUCGCUGAUCCGUUUGCACGCAAGUUUUCUUUCGUUUUUCCAAUUUUGACAUUCCUCGCCAAGUUUAUAUUCUGUUUUGUCGCUUCAUUUUGGAACAUGAUGCCGUUGAGAGACUCGUUAGCUUUCGCUCUCAUUAUGUGUAGCAAAGGCGUGGUGGAGCUCGCAUAUUUCUCAAGUUUAAGGGACAAUAAGAUGAUUUCAAAUGAAACUCUUAGUGUGUUGGCCCUGUUCAUUCUAGUAAAGGCAACUGUAAUCCCAAUCCUGGUGAAGUACCUUUACGACCCUAUUUCGAGAAAAUAUACAGGCUAUCAGAACAGAAACUUGAUGCACUUAAAACCCAAUGUCGAGCUACGAAUUCUCGCAUGUAUCCAUAGACCUGAACAUGUCCAAGCCUUGAUAGAUGUGCUCGAUAUCACAUACCCUACAAAAGAGAGUCCUAAUUUUGUCUACGCCCUUCACCUCAUCCAACUUGCAGGUCGUGCUUCUCCGAUCUUUAUAGCUCACCAUGAAAAUCGAGCAGUAGGUUCUUUUGAAAACUUUGUUGCUUUCAAUCAUUACGAGCAAAAUAAUUGGGGAUUGGUCAAAGUAAACGCAUUCACAGCAAUCUCUCCGCCUAAACUCAUGCAUGAGGAUAUCUUCAAUAUGGUCCUCGACAAACAAAUAUCCUUCAUACUUCUUCCAUUCCAUAGAAAAUGGUGUAUUGAAGGAUCUUUCGAAGCUGAAAACAAUGUGAUAAGGAACCUGAACCGCAAUGUCCUGGAUCGAGCCCCUUGCUCUAUAGGGAUUCUUGUUGACCGCAGGAGAAAAUUGUCAUCGUUCAGGUCAUCCUCAUACUUCAUUGGCAUGCUCUUCAUAGGCGGCAAAGACGACCGGGAGGCUUUAACAUUAGCCAAACGCAUGGCCCGUAACCCUAGAGUGAAGUUGACCGUCAUCCAUCUCUUUUCGGAAAAUGACCGUGGCAAUGUCAAGGACUGGGACACAAUGCUUGAUGCUGAGAUAUUGAAAGGUAUUAAGCAAAAUGAAGUUAGUAACAUAAAUUAUGUGGGAGAACUUUCCAACAAUGGAACACAAACCGCGACGAUCAUUCGAGCAAUUGUGGAUGACUUUGACUUGAUGAUUGUAGGUAGACGUUACAGGAUGGAUUCGAUCCAAACAAAGGGUUUAACAGAAUGGAGUGAAUUUCCAGAACUAGGGGUUAUAGGAGACAUCCUUUCAUCCUCAGAUCUAGACACUAGAGUAUCUGUACUCGUUGUGCAACAACAUCAUGUAGAUGUUGGUAGACAUUAA